GGUACCGGUACACCUCUAGGUCACCCACACCUCUCCAGCGGUAUUUAGGCUGCUAAACUCACCCUUCGAUCUUUAGAUCCUAUCGUCUUCAACGAGGACGAGACAUUCUACGAUUUCUGGAGACUUUUGCUGCAGGAUCUAACUAUGCCGCCCAAGGGAGGAAACUCUAAGAAGGAAGCAGGCCGCGCAAAGAAGGCGGAGAACGAGGCUAAAAAGGCAGAAGCUGCAGCCGCUGAACGAGAACGCAAGGAGGCAGCUGCAUGGGAGGACAACGACACCAAGGGUGGCAAAGCAAAGAAACAAGCGCAGGAGGAGAAGCGUAAAGCCGAUCUCGCUCGCAAAGCUGAAGCUGCUCGACUUCUGGCGGAGGAAGAGGCUUCGUUGCCGUCCAAAGUUAAGGCUGGACCCAAGGCUGGCAAGAAGAAGGAUACGAGGCCUGCUGGUCCUGGAGCUAUUGCCGCUGGUGGCGGACUUGGCUCUAUCAGUCCAAAGGGCAAGGAGAAGGAAGAGGAGGUUGAGAGCUUCCAUGCAUCUGGUUUGGAUAACGCGUUGGAUCUGUUGGAGGUUGUGACUGCGAAGAUGGAUAAGGCUAGCGUUGGGAGCCAGGCUGCGAACAUUGAGCGACAUCCCGAGCGACGAUUCAAGGCUGCAUUCGAAGCGUACUCUGAACGUGAACUGCCUAAGCUCAAGAUCGAUCACCCUGGUCUCCGUCUGCAACAAUACAAGGAAUUGCUAUACAAGAACUUCCAGAAAUCACCUGAGAAUCCGUUCAACCAAACCACUGUUGCAUAUGAUGCAACCAAGGAGGAGAAACUCGAGGCCCUCAACAAACGGAAGGCGGAGAUUGAGGAACGACUCCGAGACAAGAAGUGAUAGCUGGAUACCUUUCCCGGCACUGCCUGCUAGACUGACUGGAGGCGAUUCCACUGUAUGA